AUGCCGACCUCAUCGCCAGACAAGCAAGCCCACAAAGCCAACCAGAAGAACCAACCCCAAGCUCAGCAAUACCAAGAACGGCAGAGCGUAGCGGCCAACCUAGAGGAGCUCGACAAGCCACUCUCACAGCAGGGGAAUUCUCAAAUGCUUUGCCGAUGGUUACAAGCGCCUGUGGACACAGAUUUCUGGACUGCAGAAGCACCGAGAAAAGGCAGUCUUCUUUCGCAACUCUAG